AUGAUGUGGCAAUGUCAUGUCUCGUCCUCGGAGUGCCGCUGCUACCGGCUGAACGGCUUCUCCCUGCUGAAGCGCUUCCCUCUCUCGGCAGAUGGGGCCUGCAGCAAAGCCCUGGACCAGCCCGUGGGUGAGUGGCUGGAGCAUGUGGGGCUGCCGCAGUACGAGAGCAAGCUGCUGCUUAAUGGCUUUGACGACCUAUGCUACAUGGGCAGUAACGUGAUGGAGGACUUGGACCUUAGAGAUAUGGGAAUCACUGACCCUGGACACAGAAAGAAGAUCCUCCACGCAGCACGCAGCUUGCCCAAGGUGAAGGCCCUGGGCUGUGAUGGCAGCACCUCUCUCUCCACCUGGUUGGAUGUGCUAGGUCUGCAGGAGUACCUGCCUAACUUCCUGUCUAGCGGCUACCGUACCUUGGACUGUGUGAAGAACCUAUGGGAGUUGGAGAUUGUCAACGUGUUGAAAAUCGGCGUUCUGGGCCACAGGAAGAGGAUCAUAGCGUCUCUGGCAGAGCGGCCCUAUGAGGAGGCCCCGACCAAAUCACAGAUCUCUCACCGUCUCUCACAGAUCAGGUUUCAGGACUUGUUGUCCCAGACAGGGACCUCUGCUCUGAGUCAGAUGGACCCGUCCACCAGUCGCUCCAUGGACAUGCUCCUGCCCCUGGGAGAGGCAGGCAGGAGGAGGAGAGCCAUGGACCAGGACUGCAGUGUGUCCCUGCGCUCCUACAGCGAGAGACCACGCUCUCACGACAGACAGAGUGACAGACAUAGGGAACCCCGUUUGACCCUUCGGCCGCCUAGCCAGUCUGCCACAUACGCUACAGUGUCCGCUUGGCAUCACCAGCCUGAGAAACUCAUAUUAGAGUCCUGUGGGUAUGAGGCCAGUUAUUUAGGAUCAAUGAUUAUCAGGGAUCUACGGGGGAUUGAGUCAACUCAAGAAGCCUGUGCCAAAAUUAGGGUACGUGAUAAGUCGAAGGACCAUUCAAGAAAGGGUCCUGUUGUCAUCCUUUCCAUCACCUAUAAAGGGGUCAAGUUUAUGGACGCAGCCACUAAGACCAUAGUAGCCGAGCAUGAGAUUAGGAACAUCUCCUGUGCAGCCCAGGACCCUGAGGAACUCUGCACCUUCGCCUACAUCACCAAGGACAAUAAAAGUGGCCACCACUUCUGCCAUGUCUUCAGCACUGUGGAGGUGACCCAGACCUAUGAGAUCAUCCUGACGCUGGGUCAGGCCUUUGAGGUGGCCUAUCAGCUGGCUCUCCAGACCAAAGCCAGGCAGUAUGUCCCAGUCCCCCCACCAUCUCUGGGGUCAGAGGUCAUUGAGACCAAAUCCAGCCGGCCCACAUCACAGCAAUGGAGCAGCAUGAGGAGAUCAACAAUUGACCCUCUGGAGAUGGAUGCAGACAUGCAGUCCCUGGGCAGCACCACCUGGCUCUUCAACCAGAGAGACUCCAACAAGCGCCCUGUCAGCACCAAGUACGAGACCACCAUAUUCUGAGACUGGAUCCCCUGCCCCAUCCCCACCUCGCACUAGCACCCAGUUUGACCCCUGCCCUCUACCGCCCUCUCUCUCUCUCUCACAAGCCCUAUGCCUUCUCACUGUGAUGGUAGCAUCCCUCAGGGCUGCCCCCUCUUCUUUGCCCUGCCCUACACAAACCUCACCCUGCUCUGACAUCACACAUCCCUGCAGCUCUCUCCUGUUCCUCACCCCUUGGCAGCCCCUGCUCCUCCUGCAGCCACUGAUGGAGCCCCUUGACUUGUGGAUGGACCUGAACUGAACCUACAAUGGCCCUGCUCUCUCAACCGAUCUGCCUCCUCCUCCUCCCAACUACUUGCAUUUGCAUCCACCCACUAUUAGGUUUAUCAUCAUUGAAGACACUGUGGAUUUUUGUUCUCUUCCUGUCAUGCCAUUAUUUUCCAAGUGACUCCCUUCAGUCAAAACAAGCAUGACUUUUUUUCUGUUGAGCUACUUGUUGCAUUUUUACCUGAUAGUAACAUGAUUUGCAUUGGCUGUACUGCCAAUGUGAACAAGAAAAUAGCAAACCUUCAUAAGUACCUCUUUUUAUCUAACGCCAAAGGAUUACUACUCUUGUGAUAUUAUCAAUUUACCGUUUUGGUCCCAUAUAGAGUGGAACAAAGAACAUUAUCAUGUCCCAAACAACCUCCUCAGUCAUAAACAAUAGUUUACCCCCUUCCCAAAAGGAUUAACAAUUUUUUAUUUUUAAUGCCAUGUUUAUUUUUGUAUUUCACUUGUUUUUCGCUAAAGGCAAGUUCAAUAUUUUUCUUUCCCUAUCUGUAGCUUGUCCUGUCUUGCCAGGCAUCUACCACUGUGAGGCGCUGUGAGGAGACACAUCACCUGGGAUGCAUGAAGGACAAAAAAUCUAUAAGAAAAAAAAAAAACUUUUUCUACGCAUUUUUUUUAUCAUACAUUGAUGGAUCAUCAAGGAAUCUUCCCUUUCCAUUUAAAAUGGAUCAAGAACUGAACCUCACAUUUCUGUGUGCUCUUCUUGUACACAACUUCGUCAUCAAUCUGUCAAGAUCAGUAGCCUUAAUUACUUCAAUCUGGCCAUCUAUCAGUUUAUCUAAAUGUAAUCAAUUGAGCAUCCCUUGCCACCAUCACACACUCUCCACACCUGCUGACUGCUACAUGCGUCUUCCAUGGUUAAAAAGACUAACAGCACUUUUGAGUUGACAACACAUGAACACUUUGGCUGAGCUGUAAUGAAGUUGUUGUAAUGGUACAGGUUUGUCCAGAUAAUAAUGUCUAUAAUGCUCUGUAGCUUCACAGUGUGCAUGGUGCCUCACCAGUCAUUUUAUUACCAAGAGAGACAAUCAUCAGAGACUGUUUGGCUCAUCAGAGAACACUGUGUUAAAACAUGGCACUAUACCUUAAAAAAAAUUAUUGUUUUAAAAUGCAUAUGGUUGGUUUCUUUAAUAAGAUAUGCUUUUAAAAAGACCAGGGCUUCCUGAAAUAUAUUUAGUGAAAGAAACCAAGGGAAGCAAGACCACAAUCUAUCGGCGUAGUAAAUAAUUUAAGUACAAAUGUAUGAGAAAUGACCAAAACACCAUGGUCAUGAAGGCCAUAUUUUGGGUAUGUCCAAGGAAUUUUGAGGGCAAUAAUAGAAUUUGCCAAUUCAUGGUGAUGGAUUCAAGAUAUUUCCAAUAACAUUGUUUUAAUUUUAGACAAUUUACGAGGCAAGGCACAUUUGUGUUGCUGGACUCCUUAUGUUGCAUCUUAUCAAGAUUACGUGGGUUGUAAUCCAUGCCAUGGCACAUAGGUUCAGUAUGAGGUACACUAUGUUUAAACAAAUUAGUCACAAAAAAAUGAGCGACAGGGCCAAAGAUUCAGGCUUACUCAUGGAACUUUACAUUUGAGGGAUCAAAAUGUAAUUAGAUAUGCUUUCAUUGUGCAAAUAGUUUUUGUUUGAAAAUAUCUGUGAAACUGCAUUCUUGUUUUUCCUUUCACAGGGAUUUAUACCGCAGGUCUAGUUAUCUACACUAUAUAUACAAAAUAUGUGGACACCCCUUAUAAUUAGUGAAUUCGGCUAUU